UAGUGGGAAUUGAGAGUUGAGUUUCAACGAGUUUACGUACUAAUCGAGUAGCUUUAUGAUGGUAUCAAGGUAACUAUCAGAAUUGGGACACCUUCCAGAAGAUGUUAGCAACCAAUAAGAAGAUGAAGGACCAUGGCUUGCAGCGUAUUUCAAUCCUCAUCUAUUCACUUCUACUGCUCUAUAGUCCUAUAAUCAGUGGAGAACUUCAAGAUAGUUGUUUAGAGGGCAAGAUAGUACCAUGUCGCAAUGAUUAUAAUGGGAGUUCUUUGAGGUUCUUGGAUCCAAAUCCUCAGCUUCACAUCAGCGUUGUGAGGGGAAAAUACUUGAGUCCUUCAUUGUCUUGCAAAGCUGAGGGAUUUACCAACAUUACAUGGCUCAAGGAUGAUAGGUUUGAGUUUCCAUUUGGAUUCGAGCCUGGUAGUACCUUAUGUUAUGUUCAUCUAAAAGACUGUAACCAAACUGUAGAGAUUACUGACACUCAAAAGGAUGCUAUUGGUAACUACACUUGUCUUGUGUCAAAUGGUAGACAGACCAUACAGAGGACAUUCACUUUAAAUGUAGAAGAUGAAGACUUCACUGAUGAUCCAUAUACAAUUGACCAUGAUAACUGCAGUGAUGUUGGAGUCGAACGUGGUCAAGAUAUCUUCAUCUUCUGUGAGUUCUGUGCUGAGGUCAGAGCUCAACAGACCGACGUUAGAUGGUACAAACUUGAUGAAGAUAAGGAUCUGGUUCCUAUUAAUCAGUUGAUUGGUGAAGGAGGAGAUGAGGAAGAAAGCCGGUAUUGGGAAUCUGCAAACAUUCACACCAGAGAUUGCUUGAAAACAUACAACCUACCUGCUGCCAUAGGAAGAAAGUUGAUUAUCAGAGAUGUUACACCGAAUGAGUUUGGAAGGUACGUCAUCAUCGCUAAUUACACCCUUGAUGGAGAGUCAAAGGAGGGAAGGAUCGAUAUCACUGUAUCAAGAGCACCUUAUGUUAUAAUCGAGAUCACCGUUGGAAUCGUGGUAUCAUUGACUGUCACCCUCUUGUUAGUUACCAUGGUAACAUUAUUGUGUCAUCGCUAUCACCUGACUCUACAGCUCUAUUGGAAGAACCGCUUUGGCAAGAUAGAAGAACACGAUGGGAUGGAACACGACGCAUUCAUCAGCUUCAGUGACUCUCUUGAGGAUACAAGGUUUGCUAUCUCAUUGGCUCAACUUCUCCUUGAGAAAGGAUAUGAUGUUUGGAUGAGAGACAUGCAUGCAAUACCAGGAGAAGCACUGAUUGCUGAGGAGAUUGUUAGUAUGAAACGAAGUAGACGAUGCAUUCUUAUCAUUUCCCCUGAUUACCCAAUGUCUUCACACAGUGAGGUCCUGACUGAUCUGGCAGCCGACCAGACUCUAAGAAAGCAAAGUCGUAUCAUCCCGAUCCUCUACCGAGAUGUCAACAAGGAGCAUUUGAAGCCUUACCGACGUCUUGCUGAGAUAGUCAGGGUGUGUCCAUGCAUCGUCUGGAAGGUGACUGGAGAAUCAUUGGAGACCCAACCUAGUAGUGACAUUGGUGGGAAGGGUAUAGAGGAUGGUGGUGGGACCAGUGACCUUCAGGAGAUAUCAAGCAACCAUGUGAGUGUUGUAGGUAAGGAUUGCACCAACGGCUUUGGGUCUGGCACUGCAGGAAUUACUAGCGACAGUAACCUAGCUAACGGUGAUGAUCACAAGAGUGUUGGUUCCAAUCAAAGCCGGGAGACUGGUGAUUCUCGUAUAACAUCCACUAGUAAUAGUGAUAUAGGUAUGCUUGACUACCAUAGCAAGAAUGACAUGAGAAUGACCCCUAGGGAUGGAGAUUUAGAUCAUAAUGAUGUGGAUGCUCUUGCCUGCCAUAGCGACCAUGAUAUGAAGAAAACUCUUACAGAUGGAGAUUUAGAUCAACUUAUUGACGACCAAGAAGAUGAAGAUAGUAAGAAGAGGAAGAUCAAAUGGAAGAAGCAGAAGGAAGGAUAUGAGAAGAAACUUCUUUUGAAAAUGCCACCUAAACGAUCAGUGGCCAAACCUGAUGGAAAUGAAGCUCCAACGAUUGUGUAAUCUAUUCAUUGCCAUUCUACAUCACAUUAAAAUUUUACUCUUCAUCAAUUUUAUUUGCGCAAAUCACACUACCCCUAUGCCAAAAUUAAUCUAUAUUAUUCUCAUGUAUUUUAUCACUCAAUAUAAUAGCUCAAUUUGGAAAUCGUUGAAAAUGUUUUUUUUUUUCUGGACAUACUGUAUGUCCAUGCAUGAGAUAAUCGCAUACAUUCAUAAUUCCGAAGCUUUGUUAUUCCAAAGGUUCGCUAUUCCGAAGGUUCGUAUUUCCGAAUUUUCGUAUUUCCGACGGCUUGUUAAUCCGAAAUGAGGUUCGUAAUUCCGAAGGUCCGUUAGUCCGAAAACGAAAUGAUUAACGAACCUUAUUUCGUUUUCGGACUAACGAACCUUCGAAACAACGCACCUUAUUUCGUUUUCGGAUUAACGAACCUUCGGAACAUCAAACCUUAUUUGGUUUUUGGAUUAUCGAACCGUCAGGAUAACGAACCUUCGGAAUAACGCCACAAAUGUUCGGAUUAACGAACCCUUUUACGUUUUUGGAUUAACGAACAUCGAGGUAUAUGCAAUUUACGUGUUUGGAAUUACGAACCUUUGGAAUUACAUGUACGAAGUGUACCCGAGAUAAUACCAACAUCAAUAUUGAGUGGACUCAAUAUCGAAAUGAUCCGGAAGUUGAUAUGGUUAGAAUUCACUCUCUUUUCAUUUUCACAUUUUUACCAUUCCCUUCAAGAUGAAAUGAUGUUUCUUGUUGCAAAUUACUUCCAGUAGGGGUGAUUUAUCUAAACCCAUACCCAUAAUGAAGGAUGGCUAUUAGACUGACAUUGAUAAUAAUGAUAAUAAUAUAGGGUAUUUAUAUUGCGCACAUAUCCACCUUGUUAGGUGCUCAAGG